CCCUAGCCCCCGACACAUAAAUGAUUGUCUGUGGGAAAGAGUGACAGAGAUACGUGUGUAGUGACUUGGGGGAUGGUAAGAGAGAGAGAGAGACAGAGACAGAGAGUAGAGCAUGUUAGUGCGUAAGCUACGAGAACCACAGAUUGAAAACGAGAGAGAGGGAAGAGCGCUGGAGACCGAAACAGCGACUGAGGAUAGCGGCUAAUGGACGGAGUGAGAGUGAAGACACACUUCUCCACAGGUCUUCCAACUUCUUAUCCAUCACUGGAGAGCGAGAACAAGAGAACGGAGGAGAGGAGUUUUUUUUCUCUUUCUGUUUUCCCUCUCCCUCAUCUCCAUCAGUGACUUGAACAGGCUGACUGGGAUGGGACUCUGACAGUGCUCAGCUACCUGGAUACGGCAUCCUGGAGCCGACUCAAAGAAAAUGGGAGUGUAAACGUAUCCCGGGGAUGAGCUCGUAUCAAAGCCAGGAAUUGUCAUGUACUUGUUCAGCCGGGGUGUAGGGACUGAAUGACCACCCAUGAGAACCCGCUCCCCUCUAUCUCCACGGAAACAGAAACAUGGAAUGGUGAAAGUGUAGAAUUCCCCACAGCACCUCUUACCAAAGACCACUCCUGAUGAGUGUGCCAUUCGGGUAGCUGGGAUCAACCAGACAGAACAGGGCAACUCCCAACCACUCCAGGUCCAAUUCCUUCCAAUAGGACAUUCUAAAUCAAGAGAAAUGAAUGUUCUCCCUUGGCGAGGUUCCUUGUGUUUGAAUGAGACCCAGAAACCUCGCCCUGAUUUCACCACCUGCAAACAGAUGGGUAGUAAGAUGUGAGUUUAUUUGUGAAUGAAUAUGGAAUGUUACACAUUUGGCUGCCAAGAAUUCAUCCGUGGAUGAGGGCGUUUCAGCCUAAGGACACAAAUUGCUUCAGUCAGUGGAGAGUAGAAACUACCAAGGCUGGGCUCUAUAAUGAGAAAUCCAUGAGAAACAGAGCAACAGGAGAAUUGAGAGACUCAAGGACUCUGAUUUGGUUUAGGGUUAACCCCCUCUAUGUUGCAUGUGGACCGUGAGGUUGGAGAAUAACACUUUACAGACAUUACAUUCCCUCCUGUCUCUUCAGAGCUGCACCUCUACAAAAAAGAGGAUCUUUCACGCUCCCACUGCUCCUUCAUCACUCCUUUUUGACCCAUUUAUCAAAGGAAUAUAACGGAAGUCAAUGACACUUUAGCUAUUAACACCAGAAAAUCAGAACAAAGCAGAAGAAGUGAACUUCAGGGUUCCAUAGUGAGAAAAACUCUGCUCUAUCCAUUCUUUUUGAACCAAUUAUGAAAGGAGUUUAACAGAGAUCCAUGAUACAUUGUACUAAAGCAACACUUUGGUGUUAACAGAGAGCCAGCUAAGAGCAUUGAGAAGAGUACUAUAUUCUAUAAUGGGACUGAGAGACUCAAAUCCGUAGGUAUGACAGACUGGACUGAAUAGGAAAACAUACACACGAAGUCGCAUCUUAGUUCCAAGGGGCCUAGGAGAGGCAAAAACUGAGGUAAACUGGUCAAAUGGAAAACAUGGCCACCAACCGGUCCGGUGACUACCCAGAAUACCCCACCGGCCUUCCCUACAACUCCAGCCUAGACUAUGAGGACUACGACCAGGAACUUGAUGCCAGUAAGAUCAUCAUCCCCUCCAUCUACGCACUGGUCUGCUGUGUGGGUCUUACAGGCAAUGCCAUGGUCAUCUAUGUCAUCCUCAAAUACGCCAAGAUGAAAACUGCCACCAAUAUUUAUAUAUUAAAUCUGGCAAUUGCAGAUGAACUGUUUAUGUUGAGUGUUCCGUUCUUGGCGACUUCAGCGGCUGUACGUCAUUGGCCGUUUGGCUCGCUCAUGUGCCGUCUGGUGUUGAGCGUGGACGGCAUCAACAUGUUUACAUCUAUCUUCUGUCUGACGGUGUUGAGCGUGGAUCGAUAUGUGGCCGUGGUUCACCCUAUCAAGGCUGCCCGCUACCGCCGUCCCACCGUGGCAAAGGUGGUCAACGUCUGCGUGUGGGGCCUCUCGCUCCUCGUCAUCCUCCCCAUCAUCAUCUUUGCUGACACGGUCCCGGCGCAGGAUGGCGGCGUGGACUGCAACUUCCUGUGGCCUGAGGCUGCAUGGUCAGUGGCGUUUGUGGUGUACACCUUCCUGCUCGGCUUCCUGCUUCCCGUAGGUGCUAUCUGCCUCUGCUACUGCCUGAUGGUGGCGCGCAUGCGUGCGGUCGGGCUCAAAGCCGGUUGGCUGCAGCGAAGGCGCUCAGAGAAAAAGAUCACGCGGAUGGUGUUGUGCAUUGUGGCGGUCUUCGUGCUCUGCUGGAUGCCCUUCUACAUCGUCCAGCUGGUCAGCGUGUUCCACCGCCCCCCGGACGCCAUGGUCACCCAGCUCUUUGUCAUCCUGAGUUACGCCAACAGCGGCGCCAACCCCAUCCUCUACGGCUUCGUGUCCGAUAACUUCCGGCGGUCGUUCCAGAGGAUUGUGUGUUUCCGUUGGCUGGAGUCUGGGCUGGAUGGAGAACAGGUGGACUACCGUGCCGUAGCUCUGAAGAGACAGGCCACCAAUGGACAGAAAGACUUCCCUAAGGAAUGCCUGGCAUCUGGUAUGGUGUUCCAGAAUGGGACAUGCACGUCACGCACGACUACACUGUGACGGGAGUCAAUAGUUGUAGAUGAUAAAAUACAAUGCCACACGGCGAAUGAUGGGAUAGCAACGUAUGACAACGAAUGACACCACACAUGAACAAUGAGUGAGGCCCGUGGUGGAUGAGAACGACACGUGUCUUUGAAAAUAAAGUGGCAUGUUCACAUACUCCCUGCUGCUCUGAAGUGCGACAGUCAUAUGGUCUUUGUUUUUCCCGCUGGAUAAAGAGCAUUAUUUGACUGUGUGGCACAGGAGGUUGUAUGCACAAAAUAGAGAUGCUAGAUGUCAGUGUGAUGGUUGACUGACUACAAGCCAAGUCCAAUGAGGUUUCUCAUACUGAGGUGGUGCAGCUAUGACAAGUUUAUCAUUUUGACUUGGUCUUCUACCCGAAGUUUAGAGCACAUGUGUUUGUUUGACCUAUGUCCUUCUGUCUGUAAACCUAUUUAUUGUACUGUAUAUGCUAUAUAUGUAAUUAUGUAUUUAUUUAUUUGGGGUUGGAUCUUUGGGGCUGCUGUGUUCUCUCUGUUGCUUUCACUUGCUCAAACACAUACAUGCAAGCAGCCCAAAGGGACAACUGCAAAUAGCCAAGCUGAAAUAAAUGUUUAAUUUGGAA